AUGUCACUCACUUCCUCUCUCACUCACUUAGCCUUCAAUAACCCAGGUCUUUGGUAUACAUGCUUAUUUAAUUUAUCCUUUCUUAUUUUCUCUUUGUUCCUUCUUUUUCUCUCGUUUUCUUUUCUUCUCUUGCUUUCAUUCCUUCUCUGUCUCUGCUCACUUUUCUUCUCUUGUUUUCUUUCCAUCUCUUGUUUUCUUUCCUUCUCUUUCCCUUGUUUUCUUUUCUUCUCUUUUUCUUGUUCUUUUUCUUCUCUUUCUCUUGUUCGCUUUCCUUUGUCUUUCUCUUAUUUUCUUUCCUUCUUUUCUCUUACUUUCUUUCCUUCUCCUUCUCUUACUUUCUUUCCUUCUCUUUCCCUUGUUUUCUUUUCUUCUCUUUUUCUUGUUUUCUUUUCGUCUCUUUCAAUCAUUCUUUUUCUUUCUUUCAAUUGUUCCUUUCUUUUUCUUUUCUCUUUCCUUCUUUUUCCUUUUUUCUUUCUCUUUCUCUUACUUUUCUUUUCCUUCUUUUCCCUUCUUUCUUUUCUUUCUUUCUCUUGUUCUUUUCCUUUGUCUUUCUUUCUUUUCUCCUUCUUUUCUUUUCUUUCCUUCUCCUUUCUCUUCUUUCCUUUUCUUUUGUCUUUUCUUUUCUUCUCUUCUUUUGUUCGCUUUCCUUUGUCUUUCUCUUACCUUCUUUCCUUCUUUUCUCUUACUUUCUUUCCUUCUCCUUCUCCUUACUUUCUUUCCUUCUCUUUCCCUUCUUUUCUUUUCUUCUCUUUCUCUUGUUCGCUUUCCUUUGUCUUUCUCUUACUUUCUUUCCUUCUCCUUCUCUUACUUUCUUUCCUUCUCUUUCUCUUAUUUUCUUUCCGUCUCUUAUUUUCUUUCCUUCUUUUUCUCUUCUUUUCUUUCCUUCUUUCUUUCUAUAUGUAUUGUUUGAUUGUUUAUGUGAAUGCAUUAUAUCUAUCUCUCUGCUUAUUCUCUCUCUUUUCACCUAAUACUUAUCAUUUAGUGUAUCGAAGCACAUGA